ACCCCAGGAGCGGAAUAAAAGGCCGACGUUGCCGAGGGAUCCAGGAGAGCGCCCGCGUGCCACGAAGAGGUGAGACGUGGCCUGGGACGCAGCGCAGCAGCCGCGGCGAUAAUCUCUUUCCCCACUUCUCUCCAGCGACAUGGACCCGCAGACAGCGCUGCCCCGGGCCCUCCUGCUCCUCCUGUUCUUGCAUCUGUCGCCACUAGGAGGUCGCUCCCACCCGCUGGGUAGCCCCAACCCCGGCUUGGAACUGUCCGCAAUGCAGGAGCUACUGGACCAUCUGAGGGACAUAGUUUCAGAGCUGCAGGCAGAGCAGCUGUCCCUGGGAUCCCUCCAGCAGGACCACAGCCCCAAAGAAGCAUGGGAGACCAGGAAGAAACCCCCUGCAGGGGCCCUUGCGCCCAGUGACAAUGCCCUCCAGGCCCUGAGAAGACGACACAGCCCCAAGAUGAUGCUCAGGUCAGGUUGCUUUGGCCGGAGUCUGGACCGGAUCGGCUCCCUCAGUGGCCUGGGCUGCAAUGUGCUGAGAAGGUAUUAAGAGGAAGUCCUGGCUGCAGACAUCUGCAUCUGAUUCUUCAACAGCCCCUUAAGCCCUUUUGAAGCAAUUCUUAUUUAUUUGUAUUUAUUUAUUUAUUUCGAUCAUUUAAUAUAAGAUGAUUCUUACCUCCAAGCACAGAUUUUCCAUGGUGAAAUAAAGUCAACAUUAUAGCUUCUUUUGAAACUGAUUUGUCCCGGUGCACUAAAAGUAAUACAUCAUUUAAAAAACAAGAACCAGGGGCGCCUGGGUGGCACAGCGGUUAAGCGUUUGCCUUCGGCUCAGGGCGUGAUCCCGGCGUUGUGGGAUCGAGCCCCACAUCAGGCUCCUCCGCUAUGA